AUGUUGCAGAGAGGGCGGAUUUGCAGUAAAUUCAGCUCUGCUUUUUCUUUAUCGCCUUUGCUUCUGUCUCUCCCCUCCUCGUUAGAUCUAACUCUUUCUUUUUUAGAGCUGAGUCAACUCGCCAUUGAUGAUCCUCUCUUCGCAGUAUGGCAAAGCUGCAACACUAUAGUUCUUGUGUGGAUUCACAGAACCAUCAGCAGCUCGAUUGAGAAGUCCAUUCUUUGGAUGGAUCGUGCGCGUCAGAUUCUUCUCGAAGUGAUAAGUAGUCAUCGAGAUCAAGAUCAAACCGUCAAGUUCUUAAAAGGGCUAAAUGAGCAAUAUGCCCACGUUAGGUCUCAGAUCAUGAUGUUGGACCUUUUGCAUCAUGUCACUAGAGCCUUCUCUUUGGUGGCUCAACAAGAAAGACAAUUCCAACUUAGCUCACUGGGUGAAUUAUCUUUAAACAACCACAUGGUUGACACUUGCUACCAACUACAUGGGUUUCCCCCUGGAUACAUGGCUAGUAUGAAGCCACGAGGUGCUGUUAAUCUUGUUCAGCAAGAAAGUGAAUUUUCUGUUGAUGAUGAGAUGAAACUUGGAGUUUCUUUGUCACAAGAUCAAUAUCAGAAAUUGCUUACUCUUCUGCAAAACACUCAAUUGCAAUUAGAGACUAAAGAUAAGUCACUUUACUCUUCCAAUCUUGCUGCUGCUUCUGCAUUGAACUCUGUUUCACCAACAACAACUUUCCAUGAUUGUUCAGACAUUAUCUCCCCGUGGAGAUAUGAAGCUUAUAACAAUUUUGAAGGAGGUCACAGAGUGGGCGUUACCCGCAAGCAUCAUCGCCCCAAGUUUAGCCCUAGCCAAUGGAAGGAGGCUCAUGCUACCUUCUAUGAAGGAAACUCCGGAACAUUUGGAGGAGCUUGUGGGUAUCAAGAUGUGGUUAAAGGUUAUGGGCUUGACACAACAGCAUUGAGCACAGCUUUGUUCAACAACGGCCGGACAUGUGGGGCAUGUUUUCAGAUCAAAUGUGUAAACUCUCAAUGGUGUAAAGGCCAAUCCUCUAUUUAUGUCACAGCCACCGACCUUUGCCCUCCAAAUUAUAGUAUACCAAGUGACAAUGGAGGAUGGUGCAACCCACCACGCAAGCACUUUGACUUAGCCAUCCCUGCAUAUCUCAAAUUUGCAGAAUACAGGGGUGGCAUUGUGCCAGUCAUAUAUCGCAGGGUACCAUGCAAGAGGGAGGGAGGUAUUAGGUUCACCAUGAAUGGGAAUCCUUAUUUCAAUCUAAUAAAAGUGUGGAAUGUUGGAGGAGCUGGGGAAAUAGUAAGAGUGCAAGUGAUGAAGGAUGAUGGCAAGUUCAAAUGGACAGAUUUGAGGCGAAAUUGGGGUCAGAAUUGGGAUACAGAUGUUAGGUUAGUGGGAGAGAGAUUGAGCUUCAGGGUGACAGCAAGUGAUGGAAGGUCCAGUGUCUCAAGGCGUGUCGCCCCUAAGUAUUGGCAGUUUGGUCAGACCUAUGAAGGCAAAAACUUCCCAUAAAUGCUUCUCUGCAACACCUACAUUUGGUGUUUUUCGAUUUGUCUCUAGGCAUUAUGUUGAUAAUAAUAUAAA